AAUGUCAAUUUUUUUUCGACCUCGCUGGGUAUCGUGUAGGCACAUAACUUGAGUGAAUUUGUGAUAAUAUUUUUAUUUUUUCAUUAAACCUGUGAUGUGGCUUAAUGUACUGUGUUGUUAAUUUUUUUAAUUUUAGGAUGUGUAUAUUGUUUUCGCGGUAUCCUAUUGUCAAGUGCGGUUAGUGCAUUAGUGUCAUUGAAAGUUCAAGAUGCGUAUCGGUUUCAUUUUGUAUUGGUGCGUAUUUAUUCUUCAUCUGUGUAAAGCUGACGAUGCCGAGAGGACAGAAAAAGAUGGUGGAAGGCGGGAGAAGUGGGGUCCAGUGGUCCGAAGUGGUUCUUUCGUAACAGAUCCAGCUUUUACAGCCUCAAAUGAUCAGAUAUUACUGGAGGCGUGUCAGAAUGAUGCGUCGUGCCUACAAGACCAUGCCGGAUUGGAGGCCAUCACACUUUUGCACCGGCAGCUCGAUGAUGACGCCAACGGAAACGUGGACUUGAGCGAGAGUGAUGAUUUCCUCCGCGAAGAGUUGCAGUACGACAGCGGCUACGAGAAGCGACAAAGGGCGUUCCACCACAAUGACGAUAUGCACAUAUCUGUCAAGGAACUAUGGGAGGCGUGGCUUAGAUCGGAGGUUCACAAUUGGACGGUGGAGCAAACGGUCGAGUGGUUAUCAGAAUCCGUGGAUCUUCCGCAGUACACAACAUUAUUUUUACAGCACAAAGUCACUGGCGCUACGUUACCAAGACUUGCCGUAAACAACAUGCAGUAUCUGAGCAAUGUGCUCGGCAUCAAAGAUCCCAUACACAAACAGAAGCUGGCGCUUAAAGCUAUGGACGUUGUGCUUUUUGGGCCACCCAAAGGUAGCAGAUGGAAGGACUGGCUCCUCGCUUCGUUGCUGCUCGGCGCUGUUGUCGGGGGUUGGGCCGCGUUGCGCGCGGGACGUGCGAGCAGGACACAAGUGCAACGGAUGCUGCGCGACAUGGAACAAUUACGGAGAGCCGAGAUGGCAUUGGACGAGAUGCAGAAGGAACUCGAGAAGGCACGACUAGAACAGGAAAGUGCGACAACAGAGAAGAAAAAUCUAGAAAAGAAACUUAAAGAGACAAGUGACACGCCAGUCUUGAAUUCGACCACGUCGGAUCUAGAAGUGUCUAAACUCAAAGCCGAAGUCGAGAUGUUACGAGCUGAACUCCGUAGGGCGGAGGGUGAGCUCGAGGACCGGUGCUGGGCCCCUCCUCCCGGGCUCCAGCAGUGGCUCCAGCUGACGCACGAGGUCGAGAACAGAUCCUACCUCAGGAAGAAGCAGCAGGCCGACCUACAGCUGCAACAGGCUAGGGACGCGUGCGAAAAAUUACGCAAGAAGCGUUCUAGUUUGGUCGGCGCCUUCGUGUCAACGCACGGCAAGUCCAUAGACGACGUGGAUCGGUCCAUUGUUGAGGCGCGCACUGCACUCAACGAGGUCACUCAAGAGUUACAGGAACGCAUGCACCGCUGGAAGCAGAUCGAACGCCUGUGCGGCUUCAACAUCAUCAACAACAACGGGCUGCAGUACCUGGAGACCACGCUGUACAGGAACAUGAACGGUCGACCGACGGGAAGACCCCGCAUGAGCAGUUCCCAGGACGACCUGAGCGUCGGCGACGACACAUCCCUGUGCGGCUCAGUGGCGGAUAACUUUGGAUGGCGCGAGGACUCAUCGGGAAGCGAAGAGCACGAUUCUCCACACUAUCCUCUAGAUUUAAGACUCGCCGAGGCUAGGUUACAAUUGGAAGAGCGUCUCGCUCAAGAAGCCCGCGAGAGACGUCAGGACGAGCGUCGUUUAGAGGACAAGAAACUGUCGAGCGAGGAACUGCGCAUGCGGAACUCGCACAACGACGUUCGCAAGAGUCCCGUGGACGACAGACGCAAGGACCAAGUUCAGUUCGUGCUGGGAGGAGACAAUGUGAACUGGACGGGAGAGGAUCUGACCCGCGCCGUGCACUCGCAGCCGCAGCUCCGCGCCUCCAUGCGGGGCGCCCCGCUGCCUCCCCCGCGGAGACCCUUCUCCACCGGCCAGAUCGUGCGCUCGCGGAGCACUGACGUCGUGCCCAACAACCUAGAGGACCCCAGAGUCCCCUCCAGAAACCCCUUCACGAGACAGAGACCUUUAACUGAAGAUGCGGCAACCCCUUCCAGCGUUACUCCUCCCGAAGAAGAAUCGACGGACUCCUCCCUGAUGGACGACGAAGGUGUACCGAAGCCUAGAAAACGUCGUAUCCAUUUGCCGUUUGGGAAGAAGACAAAGACGCCUGCGUGACUACCGCCUCAACGUACACUGCGCUGUCCGUACUGUGUCAUUGACCUCGCGCACUACAGACUGUUAGGAACGUACUGAGGUAACAGCACGCGGCAAAUGUCGAACUCUCACUACGAACUUUACGAGCGCAUUCAAUAAUGGCACGAGCCGACAUUUCGUAUUCGCUCAUAUUAUAAACCUUAGUAAAAUUGAAAAUCGAUUUAGUAACGUCUUUAUUCAGAAUUCUGACUGUAAAUGUCUGCCGGUACAAAAAAUAGUCCAAUAAAUAAAAUGUAUGCAUAAGAAAGAACCUAUCAUUAAGAGUUCAAUUAAAAAUUAUACAAAUUGUGUCUAUAAUAAAAUCAAAAUGGAAAUAAUUGUUUGUAAUUAAUUUAUAUUUAAAAGUAAGUACUUAAUUCGGGUAUUAUUAUUAAAAAUUAUCUAACUACCCUUGUCGAUAAUGUAUGACGUAUAAAUUGAAGAUGUUGUAUACGUCUUAUCCACCUUAAUCAAUUAUGUGUUGUGUAGAAGUUUGUUAGAAGUUAAAAUGUAACAGCGGUACAAAAUUAUUUGUGUUGUGUGAGUGAAUCGAAAUUACUAAAGGUUUUAUAUCCAAGAACACACAAAUAAACCGGCCUAAUAUAAAUCAGCAGAGCGAACUAUCGACUGAGCCCUCGUUAGUUUAAUAUCAUUAUUAUUAUUUUUCAUAUUUUGCAUAUAAUGUUUUUUGCACCCUUAUUUUUUCUCUCUAUGAUCACGGUGAUCAAGGUAAGAGAGAUAAUUUUGUUUUUUGUGAAGGAUCCUGCGUGUACAUAUAUAUGUAUAUUAGUACUAAAUAUUAAGUACUUAUUAUGUUUUGAUUCAAUAAAUUUAACACUUGACAUCUGUACAUACUGUUCGAUAGAUCAGGUCGAGUUUCGAGAUGUGUUUAUUUUAUUGUGCUAAAUACGGCUCAUCUUAAAUCGGCUAGUUAAAUUUUACUAACCGCCUUGGACAUAACUUAAUCACAAUAUCACUAUAUCGCAUCAUUCCCUUUUGUUUGUUUUUUUUUCUUUUAGUUUGAUAGCGAUAUUGUUCACUCGUAGGUAUUAUUUUCUUAUUUGCGAGGCACGUUUUUAUAUGUAUGAUAAUUGUGUCGGAGGCCGUAAUUUGAAUUGUAAUUGGACGGAUUAGCGUCUCGAUUCGAUUAUUCAGUUCUCGUGCAACUAUGCGGGGCAGGUUACAUGGGACGGACACUAGAUGGCGUUGUUCGGUUUCUGACUACCCGCGUCCUAGGCCAUAGAUAAUACACAUAAAUAUAGUGAUAGAUAAGCAAUUCAAGCACUCAACAAAAAUGUUUACGGGCGUUGGCCACUAGAUGGCUUCGCUUCGAUCAGU